CAAAGCCAAACUCUCUCUCUCUCUCUCUCUCUCUCUCAUAUUCACACUACACACUCAUAGUCAGAAAAAUAGAAGCUGUGUUUCUCCCCUUUUUCCGGAAAAAUUAUCUAUCUAUUUAUGCAUCUCAGAAAACAAUUUCAGAAAACAUUCCAAAAGUUCAACAGCAUCACCUCUUUUCAAGGUUUCUAGUAUUGUUCAAACAAAGCAAACGCAAAGAGGAAAAGAAAGGAGUGGAAUCCCUUCAUUCUUCUGCUGUUAAUCUAUCUCAUCAUCCCCACAUCAUAUCCCCCAUAUCAGAAUUCUCCUCUUCAUCAUCUCUUUCUCUCUCCCUCUUCCCCCUCUCCUCCCAUACCCAAAAUGGUUGCCAUGUAAAGCUAGAACCACUAAUCCAAUUUGUUCUCUGAGGGUUACAGUCUUAAUCAACAGUUGCCAUUUGCAAAACAACGCUCAUCCUCCUCUGUCAGCUGCAAGAACUACUUCUUUAUCUGGUCCCAAGAAGAAGGGAACAAUUAUCAGGACUUCCAUGGAUGCAGUUCAAGCAACAGCAGCAGAGAGCUCUAACUCGGAGAACACCAAUAGCAACAGCUCAGCUGCAAUCUCCUCCUCCUCUACAACUCCAAUAUCUCCAAGCCGAUAUGAAAACCAGAAGCGUCGAGACUGGAACACUUUUGGCCAAUACCUAAAGAACCACCGGCCACCACUCUCACUCUCCCGGUGCAGUGGUGCCCAUGUCCUCGAAUUCCUGAGGUACCUCGACCAAUUCGGUAAGACUAAAGUCCAUACCCAAAUCUGCCCUUUCUUCGGCCAUCCAAACCCACCUGCGCCAUGCCCUUGCCCUCUCCGGCAAGCCUGGGGAAGCCUCGAUGCACUCAUCGGUCGCCUCAGAGCCGCCUUCGAAGAACACGGUGGGAAGCCAGAAGCGAACCCAUUUGGUGCCCGAGCUGUUAGACUUUACUUAAGGGAGGUUCGUGAGUUGCAGGCUAAGGCAAGAGGGAUAAGCUACGAGAAGAAGAAGCGAAAGCGGCCACCACCGCAGCAGCCUCCGCCUCAAAUGCCACUUCCAUCGGCAAGUUAAGCUCUUAAUGGCCUUAUCCCCAAUCCAAAAUUACGUGAUGAUAGAAGGAGAAUUCUGCAAAUUUUAGAUCUCCCAAGCUGUGCUUGUUACUAUGGCAAUAUGGGUACCUUCCACUAUCUUUUCAUUUCAAAUAGGUAAAUUUGUUUAAGUCUAUAUAAAGAUGGUUCUACUUGGACUCUCUUUGUCUUUCCUUUUAAUUGCACUGAAGCUUAUGUUUA